AUGGAAUUAUUCCUCAUUUAUAGGUCUACAAAAGUCCACGAUUGCACAUCUGUUAAAGAUAGCUCAUACUAUCUCUAUGCAGCCUAUCGCAGUCCACAGCUAGACAUAGGCCUCCCCAAAGUUCGAGCCAAACAUGCUCAAAGAAUUUGUCAGGCGUUUUUCAUAGAACUGUAUUUAUUAGAAAUGUAUCUUUUUAUUUUUAUUUUAAAUUAUUUAAUGUUUAUUUUAGUGUAUAGUGAUACUGGUAAUAAAACUGAAGUAUUCGAUUAUUGUUCGCAUCCCGAUUGUUCUUUAAGAAAUCAGCAUACCCUUUGUUUAGCUAAAAACAAGUAUAGUACAAGAUUAUUUGCUUCGGGGAUGACUACAUGGAUGAAAUAUCAAAUUCUCCAAUUACAUAAUCGCCACAGAGAUAAUAUUGCAAUGGGCCUUGAAGCGGGUCAACCGCCAGCCGCUAAUAUGCGUAAAAUGUAUUGGGACUACGAACUCGAAGAGAUGGCGGAGAUAUGGGCAAGACAAUGUCAAAAAAGACACGACGAAUGUAGGAAUACCGUAAGAUUUAAUGUUAUACAGAACAUGGAUGUAAGACCAAUUUUGCCUCGAGUGACCAUUGCACAAAUACUAGCAGAUACUGUAGGCGCAUGGUUUUCCGGGUCAAGAACUCUUCCACCUGAAUAUGUUCGGUCAUUUAAACCAAGUAAUUGCAGCGCUCCUGGUGGAUGUAACGCUCAUUGGUAUUCCGCAGCCGCUUGGGCAUCGACGUGGCGAAUAGGUUGCUCACAGGCUUUGUGUACUGCAAAGCAAAGUUCAUGUGUAUUGUUUCGAAAAAGACGGACACCGCGACCUCAAUUUCUUAAUUCAAUGCAAAAUGUAACACGAACUCCUAAAAAAGAAAAUUUACUUCGUAGAACUAAAUAUAUGACAAAUGCCACAGUGACACGUUUUGAAGACUUUGCAACAACGAUAAAAACUAGUUUCAACAAAUCACCAUUACACCGCGGUGACUUAAAAUUUUUGGACCAAGAAGAAAAAGAACCAAAUGUCAUGGCAUACAUAUUUUGUAAUUAUGGACCGGCUGGUAAUAUUGACGGAUUUCCAAUAUACGAACCGGGUGUGACUUGCAGUAACUGCCCUUAUGGAACUAAAUGUGGUGUCGGAACUCACAGAGGCUUAUGUUCUCUUUUAAGUGAUCCAGAGAAUAAGCCUUAAAUCUUUUGUAUUAAAUAAUAAAGUUCGAUAACUCUGA